AUAUUUGCUCUGCGCUAACACGGAAGUGUAUACUCACUUUUUCAGAGCCUAUAUUUGCCUUUUUGUAUUACUAACCAAAUUUGCUGUAUUUAAAUCUGUGCACACUUGUGUUUUACAUACUCUUCGGCUUUCAUUCAUUUAUACAUAUGUGCAUUUUAACUCAUUUAUAUUGUAUGGAUAAUUACUUGCAAGAAUAUAUCAAUUUUGGUAUAUAUUUAUGGCAAAUAUAUGAUGCUAGAUAGCAACGAACAAAUAUUUAGACUUGCGCAUGAGUAAACUUUAUACCUACAGGAUUUUCAAGCCGCAUUCAGAUUUUAACUACCAUACACAGCUAGAAUGUACUUGAGUUGUAAUCAAACGAAAAACUUUGCGUUGGCUAUAGGUAUGAAUUCCUGAGAGGAGACGAUAUGCGUGGGUGCGAAUGUUUGCGUGUAAGGAUCGAAUUUCGAGAAUAGAUUUCAAUAGGACUACAAUAAUAAAUUGACUCGUACGUAACGAACAAGCUACACCGCAAUAAAAAUCCCUUUUGAUCGUGUAAGAUUUUUUUGAAUUGCCUUAAAAAGAAGAGUGCAUAGGGGACCAUUAUUGAAAUACAGCAAAGGAAAAAAUCUUGAAACUGAAAGAUGGGAAAUAAAGCGUCAACGACGGCAUCUCCCAGCAAACAAGAAGCAGCAAAAAAAUCACUUGCUACAAUGUGUGAGGCUGUUGCAGAUGCUGUCCUAGUGUGUGCUCAAUUGGAAGACGAAUGGGCUGAGGAAAAUAACAUAAAGUCAGCUGCCAGGGAAGUUUUGAAAAUAUGUGAGAAACAAGUGACAGGUUCCGCUACCGAACUUAUAAAGGCAAUCAGGGCAAAAAAAAUGGAGCAAAUGAUGACGAAAGGGCAAGGGCAAGCUGAAGCAUUGAGAAGGAAAUUGCAAGCUGACCUAUUGUUUUUGGAAUUAUUGAAAGUUGCUAUUGACCAACAAUCUGGCGAAGGGUCUUCAAGAUCGGGAUCACAAUCUGGAACAACUAUUUCACACCCAUGGAGUAGAAAGGACGAUUUGGGAAAAGGAGCGUUUGGUACGGUAUACGCAGCAGUUGAUAAAAACGGAUUGAAAUUUGCUGUCAAAGAAGUUCCAAAGGCCGGGGUGCAAGAAAGCUGCUUAAGAGACGAGGUCAAAUUGCUGGGAAAACUAUCGCACAAAAAUGUGGUCAAAUUAUACGGCUGUGCUGGUGAUAAGGAAAAAUUUUACAUGUACAUGGAGCUUAUGCAGGGAUCCGUGAAGGAUAAAAUGGAGAAAAGCGGAAAACCUAUACCGCAAAAUUUCGCCAAGAAAUAUACUAAAGAUUUAUUGCAAGGACUGAUCUAUCUUCACAAAAGUGACGUUAUUCAUCGUGAUAUCAAAUGCGCAAACUUGCUAUUAGAUGUUAAUGAAACAGUGAAAUUGGCGGAUAUGGGCAUCUCAAAAAUUCACGAUCACGCGACAAUGAUAAGAAGUGCAGACGACACCGCAGGAACAUUGCCGUGGAUGAGUCCUGAAGUAUUAAGUGGACAGGAAGGGGGUAAACGAUCUGAUGUUUGGAGCGUUGGUUGCACUGUUUUUGAAAUGGUGAAAGCAGCAGCACCAUUUCAAGAAGAACUACCACCCAUAUUAUUCGCAAUUAUAUUGCCGAAAAUGAUUCUUGGUCUUGGACACCGAAAACUGGUAUCGGAUCAAGAUGACUUUGGUCCAGCAUUACAGAGUUUCCUCCUGAAAAUUUUUGUCAAGAUGAACGAUCGACCAUUUGCUGAGCAGAUCGCAGAUCAUCCGUGGGUAAGAUAAGCCGAAAGCAUGACGUCAUCGAAUUCAGAAAUUGUGGGCAGAGUUGGAGGUGCCCAAUCUGUGUUAAUUUAAAUUUUUUGAUCAUUUAUUAAUAACCCCAUACAAAUUAUAAUGCACAUAACAUAUUAUUAUAUUAAUUGAUGUGUCGAAUUAAUUUUACGUUAUUGAUAAGAAUUGAAUGAAUAUUGUAUGUACAGAACUGUCGUAUGGUUAAAUUCAUAGUAUUCAACCAUAUUUGAGAAGUCGUGUUAAAUUCAAAAUUAUUUUAAUAUGCACCCUUUUGCUGCAUUUUAUUUAUUGUCGCCGCCAGAUUUCCGCAGAUUUGGCAAGCAGUAAGUUGUUUACCAAGUGUUCAGGUUUAAUUGAAGAAAUUAUAUGCACAUUCAAUAGUAGUAAAUGUAUUUUAUUCAUAUUAAAUAUUCGCAGUUUCCUGCAAAAAAUAUGUGACUCUAUGUGUCAGGACAUGAUCUGACCCUCUAUGUCACGAUGAUGUUCUAUUAUGUUCAUAUUUAAACGUUAAUUCAAUGAUUAAUUUUAUCUUCUUUCUUCGAAUUCAAAUCGUCGUUUCGUUUUUGAAACUUUUCACUGAAUAUUUGUUAUUUGAAGCGCGUGGAAUAUUUUCACUAUUUGUUGCGCUCAGAAUUGCAUCAUGCUAAUGAUGAAUCCAGUCAAUAAACAAGUAGAAAACUUGCAUUAGCUGAUUCUCUAACCAAUGCCAAACAAACUAACCCCAAUGCUAUUGUCCAAUAAACGAAACAAGCAUCAUUUAAAAAUUAGUAGCCAUGAUAAAGCUAACAAAGAAUCGUAGAUCUCAUGUUCAAAAGAUUCUGUGCGUUUCACUAGAUUUAUUAUAAUUCUAUUCGAGUUACUUAUGUUGCAUUUAACCCUAAUGCACUUUAUUAAUGUUUAUUAUUAAUGCACUUUCAAAUGUCGUGUUUUCUCCGUAAUUUUAAUUUUUGUCUCUUAAUAUCAAUAUAUUGUUUUGAGCCCCAUAAUAAAUUUAUGUAAAGUAAACUAAAAUUACUUUAUCUAAUGACUCGGAUGUAUUUUCUGCUGUAUUUUCAGAAAAUCGUGUAUUGUUUUUCAUAGAACGGCUUUCCACAAUUUCUCCUGUUAAAACUCAAACAUCUCUUGGACAAAUUAUAAUUCUCACUGAUUUACAAAAUUAUUAUUUUUUUCUUAGCUCAAGUAGAUUUUCAUUAUUCUUUUAUCUCUAUAUAUUUGCGCUUGAAUGUAUCCUGUAAAAUAUAAUAAUAAA